AUGGCGCUGGCGCUGCCCGUCCCGCCGCCCAGCGUGCGCAAGCGAGUCAAGGUCUACGAACUGCGUGAUAAUGACUGGUUCGAUCGAGGGACGGGCUUCUGCACCGGUCAGAUCGUCAACGAUGAGCCCCGAAUAUACGUCCAGUCGGAGGAUCAACCGGACCGGGUGCUCUUGGAGACGAAAAUCGGCAAGGAUGAAGGUUAUCAGAAACAACAAGACGAUGCCUUAUCAGACGAGGCCAUCGAGUCCUACUCGAACCCGAUUACGCUUCCCCCGCCCGAACUCGGAAAUCUGGCCGAGAUCGAACAGACGGUGCGAGCGGCCAGCGUGACCCAGUCGGGUCGCGACGCGCUGUGCAAGUUCGUCCUGCGGGAGCAGUACAUCGACAAGUUGAUCCCGCUGGUCGAGAUGGCCGAAGAUCUCGAGAGUCUCCCCGACCUUCAUCGCCUGUGCAACAUCAUGAAGUCCCUGAUCCUUCUGAACGACAAUACCAUCAUCGAGCACGUGGUCGACGAUGAUGUGAUCCUGGGUGUGGUGGGCGCGCUCGAAUACGACCCCGAUUUCCCGACGCACAAGGCGAAUCACAGACAAUACCUCUCGGACCGGUCGCGAUUCAAGGAAGUCGUACCCAUGAAAGAUCCGAUCAUUCGGAAGAAGAUUCGGCAUACGUGGCGCCUCCAGUACCUGAAGGACGUCGUUUUGGCCCGCAUCCUCGACGACCCGACUUUCUCGGUCCUCAACUCCCUGAUCUUUUUCAAUCAGGUCGACAUCAUCAAUCACAUUCAAUCCAAUACUUCCUUCCUCAAAGAACUUUUCGCCAUCUUCGAUCCCCGGAAUACGGACCAGCGGCGCAAAGAGGACGCCGUUCUCUUUAUCCACCAAUGCGCCUCGAUCGCAAAGAACUUGCAGGCGCCUGCCCGCGCCGCCCUCUUUUCCAACUUCAUCAGCCACGGCCUGUUUGCCGUGAUCGCAUUCGCGGUGAAACACCCCAAGCCGGCCAUGCGCACGACCGGCGUCGACAUCCUGGUUGCGCUCUUGGACCACGACCCCAUUAUGAUGCGUGGCUACAUGCUGAAGGCAGUGAACGAGAAGAAGACCCCGCUGACGGACACGCUGAUCGACCUGCUCCACACGGAAGCCGACCUGGGGGUCAAAAACCAGCUUGCCGAUGCCAUCAAAGUUCUCCUCGACCCUCAAAUUCCUAUCCAAGACCCGAUGAACCGGGCGGGAGCGGACUUCCUCUCGAAACUGCGCCCGUCGAACCCUCUUCCCGAUUCUUUUGUACAGAACCACUUUGACGAAUCGGCCAAACGGCUGUUCGCCCCUCUGAAGCAGCUUGAGGGGCGCUCUACCCUUAAUGAUCUCACGUUUCAAGACGUUUCGCUAUACGCUCAUCUUGUUGAUAUCCUUACGUUCUUCGUUCGGCAGCAUCUUUUCCGAUGUCGGAAUUUCAUCCACACCGAAUCUCUUACUCCUCGCGUCGCGCAGCUUCUGAAGGCGCCGCAGAAGCACUUGAAGCUCACUGCUCUCAAGUUCUUCCGGACUUUGAUCAGCCUCCAGGACACCUUUUACAUCGCGCAGCUCACGCAUAAUAACACGUUUGGGUUGAUCCUCGAUAUCGUCUACGAGACGAUGCCGCGGGACAACCUGCUCAACUCGGCCUGCUUGGAGAUGUUCGAGUUUAUCAGGAAGGAGAACAUCAAGGCCAUCAUCACCCACGUCGUCGAGAAGUACCGGGAUAAGCUGAAGGCGAUCACCUAUGUGGACACGUUUGAAAAUCUCAUCCGUCGGUAUGAUCAACUGCAAGGCAAUCGUGCCGAAGCCGAUGCUCCGCUGUACAGCCAGGACGAAAGCACCCCACCGCAGCGGAACCCCGUCAACGGUCGUUGGCAGGGUGUCCGGGAGAUGGAUGCGGCGGAGGAAGAAUAUUUCAACACGUCCGAUGAUGAGGAGGAGUGGCAGCAGGAGAGCCGUGAGGAUGAGUUGGCCAUGCCACAGACCCAGCCUCCGUCGACGGGUGUUAAACCGCUUGUCGACUAUCCCGAUGACGACGACGGUAUUAUGGACGCGAACGCCGAGUCUGCCGUCACCAAGCAGGCAAUGGACCUGCCGGAGCGCGGCGGGGACUCGGAAGCGCCGCUGACUCCUGUCUCGACCACGUCGCUGCCGUCACCGCCGGAGCGAUUGUCGGAGAAGCGUCGCCGUGAAGAGGAGGAGGAUGACGAGCUGGUGAGACUGGCCUCGGGACCGAAACGACGGAGUUCCAACGCCAGUGCCACUGGCUCCAAGUUCUUUCGGGGGAGCCCGAAGGCUGAGCCGGGCAAGAGAGCGACGAGUGAGGAGGGCGACACGAGCAGUGUUUCUACGCCUACUCCCAAGAAGAUUGCGAUCAAUCUGGGUUCGAUGAAGUCGUCAGCGUCUGGGUCUACACCAACCAGCCCUAAAGACGCGACUGGAAGUGAAACUAGUAGUGACGAUACGAAUGGGGAUGGCGGCGGGUAA